UAGGACGAUGUCCCGAGGGGAGGCGAGCAACAGGCGUGUCGGGACUCCGGCCGCAGGGCCGAUCACGUGGCCUGUCGUUACGAUACGGUAAGGUCGUAUGGGACGGUAAAGGCCAGACUGCCUCCUUCGGGGACUCGCGACGGCCUUCUAUACUUCGGCGCCCUCCAUCAUAAACGGCCACCUUAGCCAAGGUCAUGUAAACACUUUGCCAGUUCUCUCUCUUCUCGCUCGUUUUCUCUUGCUCACCAAACGACCUCUCCGCCAUCAAUCUGCUCGCUUAACAUAAUUAAUUGCUAUGUUCGACUUCCUCUAAAACUUUCCUUAACGUCGCAAAUCUAGGGGACUUCACUCAUGAUGCUUGUUUCUUUGACCACCUUUCUUGCCUUCCUGUCGGCUGUCCAUGGCCUAACCCCUUCGCAAAUCCCGCCAGACACCCCCCUGGCAUCACUGGUCGCUUCUGCGAAGACUAAUCUCGCCAGUGGCUCACCCCGUGAGGCUUUGCUAUACUUCGACGCAGCGGUCUCAAGGGAUCCCACUAACUACCUUACAAUCUUCCAGCGGGGUGCCGCGUACUUAUCACUGGGGAAAAGCUCGCAGGCCCUCGGCGAUUUUGACCGUGUUCUACAAUUGAAGCCGGACUUCGAAAGCGCUCUCUUACAACGCGCCCGUCUUCGGGCCAACUCUGCUGACUGGACCGGUGCCCUGGCUGAUCUGGAGCAGGCCGGCAAGCAAUCGUCUCCGGACUAUCAAGAACUGCAGGAUGCGCGGGAUGCGGCACUUCAGGCGCACCAGGCAGAGGAGCAUGGCGACUGGGACGCCUGCAUCAAUCAAGCAAACGUGGCCGUUCUGAAGGCGAGCGGCUCCCUGGGAUUGCGACAGACUCGGGCGCAUUGCCGGUUUGAGAAGGGUGAGAUAGAAGAAGGGAUUAGCGAUCUAGCCCACGUACUGCUAAUUUCACCCGGUUUGGUUGAGCCGCAUCUACAAAUAUCCUCGAUGCUGUUCUAUUCGCUGGGAGACAGCGAGCGGGGGAUCGCACAGAUUCGAAAAUGCCUUCACUCCGACCCCGAUUCAAAACCGUGCAACCGCCUCUACCGAACUGAAAGAAGCCUACUCAAGCGACUACAGAAGCUACAGGAUGCGUUUAAUUCGCGCAAGUUCAACAAUGCCAUCAAUCUGCUUGUCGGUGUAGGGGAUGAAAGUGGCCUUCUUGGGGAUGUGAAGGAGGACGUGGCGCUUGGGAGGGAGACCGGACAUAUUCAUCGCACGGCUCCCGACAAUCUCUAUGCGUCAUUGGUAGAACAGACUUGUGAUGCCUACCGCGAGGCACGCUUGUUCAAGCGGGCAACCCCGUACUGCUCCGAGGCGCUUGAGUCAAAUCCCAACUCACUGCCAGCGCUAUUGUUCCGCAGUCAGGCCGCUAUCGACGACGAGCGCUUUGAGGACGCUAUUCGCAUGUUAAACACCGCCAAGGAGCACCACCCCGGCUCCAAGGAUGUCCAACAGAUGUUGCAACAGGCCCAGGUAUUGCUAAAACGCUCGAAGCAAAAAGACUACUACAAGGUCCUGGCUGUCAGUCGGGACGCUGAUGAGCGCACAAUCAAGCGAGCCUAUCGCCAGCUAACCAAGCAACACCAUCCUGAUAAGGCUGUCUCUCAGGGCGUCACAAAGGAGGAAGCUGAAAAGAAGAUGGCCUCCAUCAACGAGGCGUACGAGGUCCUAUCCGACCCUGAGUUGAGGGCGCGCUACGAUAGCGGGGAUGACCCGAAUGACCACGAAUCUCAAAGGGGGCAUCCGUUCCAAGGGAAUCCAUUCGGCUCGGGCGGGCAGCAAUUCUUCUUCCAGCAAGGUGGUGGGCCACAGUUCAAGUUCUCGGGCCAGGGAUUCAAUUUUCCCGGUGGCUUCCCUUUUCGCUAGUAUCCCCUACGUUUAUACAUAUGUAUGAAUUGUUGGCGAGAGGCUGGGCGGGAUGGUCGUGUACACUUUUACCCUUGGUUCGUGCCUUCUUACUUGUCCCCUUUCCAACGACUAUAGUUUGCCGAAGAAUACAGUGUAAAGCAUGAUACUAUGAUUCACAGG